AUGUCAUGGUUGGCUCGCUCUCUCGCCGACUCCCUCCGUCUCGACGACGACAACACGGACGGCGACGGCGAGGACGAGGUUGACGUUCUAGGCUCGGAAAACGACGCUGCAGCCGACGCAUCUAGCGAUGGUUCACUUUCAAAGCGCAAUGAUGAAGGAGCCGAGAGAUUGAAAGAGAUCGGCGAUGGGGAAAGAGGGGAAGGAGGAGGAGAAGAAGAAGAAGACGCGUUAGCCAGAGGGGUGAGAGAAGAUCUCUCUGAAUUAGGGCAAACUCUACAGCGUCAAUUGUGGGGCGUGGCUGCAUUCCUUGCUCCCCCUCCCACAACGCAGGCCGCCGCCGACGCGGCUUCGGAGGCGACAACAUCGUGUGAUCGAUCGGCUUCGAAUUUGAAUGAUUCCGAUCCGUCCGAUCGACCGGACGGCGCCACGACCGGAAAUUCGGAGGAAACGUCGGGGAUCAGGCAGGAAUUUACGGAGAUCGGGGGUAGGUUUAGGAGCGGGGUCUCGGAGAUUUCUAAAAUGAUGGGGUCGGAUUACUUUCACUUUGGAUUGGAGGGCGAUCGGCUGGAAACCCAGGUGGAAGAGGAAGAAGAAGAAGGAGGAGAAGAGUAUUAUUAUGAGGAAGCGGACGGCGAGGAUUUGGAAACGGAGGAAUACGACGACGACUGGGCAGCUAAAGUUGUAGGGAUCACCGACGAAGUGUUGGCAUUUGCGAGGAAUAUCGCUAUGCAUCCCGAGACUUGGCUGGACUUUCCUCUCGACGAGGAGGAAGACCUAGAUGAUCUUCAGAUGUCUGAUGCACAACAACUACACACCUCAGUUAUCGAACAACUUGCACCAAGGUUAGCUGCUCUUAGAAUUGAACUUUGCCCUUGUCAUAUGUCCGACAGUUACUUUUGGAAAGUCUAUUUCGUUCUCCUGCAUUCAAGACUCAACAAGCAUGAUGCAGAAGUUUUAUCUACACGCCAGGUAAUGGAAGCCAGGUCCUUGUGGAUGCAGGAGCUACACAAGCAAACCAAACCAGAAUGUGAUGACUGGUUUGGAAAAAGUUCUUCGUACGUGAGACAGAGUUCUGAUUUAACACAAGAAGUAUUUUUCACUCCUAGGACAUAUGACGAGCAGACAUCCAGCAUGGCAGCCGACUUCGAGACAGAGAAGCACCUCGUUUCAAGGAACGAAUUGCCCUUCAUUGAUAAAUCUGUUAUUGCCGAGAAGCCGGUAGUGAAGAAUGAGCACAAGGAUAUCAUGCUCCUAGGUUCAUCAUCUAAAGUAACAAUGCCAAUUUAUGAGGAGGAGGAGGAGUGGCCAGACGCAGAGGAUUCGGAUUAUGAUGAUUGCAAAACUCCCAUUGUUCCAGGGGAUGAAGAGGACAUCUCUUUCAGUGAUUUCGAAGAUGACUGUAUCGACUUGCCCCUCAAAGACCGAACAAAGAAAGUUGUUCAUAUAGAAGCACAUAAUGCUUCUGCUGGGCUGGCCUUGUCAAAGCAGGAUUCUUGGCAUUGGUAA